AUGUCCACCCCCUCAUCCUCCCGAGGCCCGGGCCCAAGCCCGGGCUCCCAGAUCACCGCCUCAGUGGUCAAGUUUCGAUGCUUGUUCACGUAUGACCUGCGCCGCAAAUCAAAGCGCUGGCAAGAUGGGUAUCUUAAAUAUCAUGCAUUCAAUAAGCGAGCCAUGGUCUACGAUGAACAGGGAAAUUACAUCGGUGAUCACCACUGGCGAUCGGCGGAAGAGGUGCAGGAAGGCGAUGAGCUUGAACUCGAUAAGGGUGUGCUGAUAGAGGUGGGGGAGCGCAUGAGUACCACACAGACAGACCUGUCCAAUCUUUUUGAGAAAAGGCGAUCUCAAACAUCGCCACAAACCAGGAAUAACAACCCCGCGUCCGACUCUCAACCGCCCCGUUCCUCGACCUCAAUAUCCACGCCCACAUACACACCCACGUCCGUUCGGUCUUCAGCCUCGUCGCAUCCGUUUCGCUCAUUGAAUGACCUGCUUGGUAUCAGAAAGACACCCAUUGGACAUCUUGUGUCACCAUAUGAGGAACGGCACGGACCUCCGGCGGCGGCGGCGGCGGCGCCACCAGCACCAGAGACCGAACGGGCAACUAAGCGAGCAAAGAUAUCGACGGGAAAGACGACAAGCAAUGUCUCAUCCGACGUGGUCGAUCUGACAGGGCCUGAAAAUGGACCCCUGCGUCAGCGUGCGCCAGUCCGGGCAACACCACCCCAGAAGGACUCGAGGCCAACCAUGCCACCACCGGAGAAACCCGUAGCUGUAGCAAGGCUACCAAGUCCUUCGGUACCGACACCUAUUCAACCACCACACACGAAGCCUACAGCAAAUCAUGCCCCUCUUCCAGGCAGUACUGUCCAGGACAGACAUCCGGAGCGACCUGAAGCGCGAAGCCAACAAAAAGACAAAUCUUCAGCUGUGCCAGAUGACGCACGUUUCGAGAAACCCGCUGCUUCGCGUAUGACGAUGCAGAAACCCCGCAACAAAUUCAUGUACAGUACUCUGCAGCAACAGCCGUCUUCGGUGCCAUCGACAACAACCACCGAGAAACAGAGACGCCUACCCAUUUCAAACCCCACAGAUUUCCAUAAACAACCACCACAAGCAUCAAUGAGAGGAGAAGUAGGUUCAGCCAAUACAGAGUUCCUGCCUUCAGAUGCCACCCAAUUUGCUCUCGAAGACAUAGCCGCUCCCUCGGGCUUUGAAAACGGCUCGAGCCGAAAUCAGAGGCCGGCCAAGGACACACCGCGAAAUAUACCCGCAAGACGGUCUUUCGAUGCACCUCUUCGCAAGUCCCUUUCUGAUCCAAGCGCUCUGAACAAAAAGCCUAGUCUCCAGGCGAGGCCGACUCCUAUGCGAAGUGCCAUGAGUGCGGUCCCAGAAGAACCUGAGGUGCUAGAAGAAGGUCCCUGGACUGCGGAGGCGUUGGAUCUCUUUGACUUUUGGCCUCCUGGCCGACCGAAACCCAUUUGA